CACCGAUAGAAUAGCAGCCAACAAACGACCUCUAGAUUAGCCGCUUAACGCGAACUUUGUGACUAAUGGUUGGUUGUAUGUUUUUCUGCCUGCAGUGGCCUCUGCAAACAGCUGAAUGACCAACUUUUAAAGGAUUGAAAAUGAUUGGAUUUGCAUUGAGAAGAGGCAUCAUUUCUGGGCUUCCAGUAUGGAGAUGUCUUCAGCAGCACACAACCAGAGCACCAAACUACACAACACAUGCUCGGCUGCUGUUUCACUCCCAAGCCUCUUCAGUGUUAAUGCCAUCCAGACUAGCUUCCUCCAAAAAGCUGCUGAGCAUCAGGCCCAUCAGCUGGCCUGCCUCACGUCUCUGCCACAGGGAUUCACAAGGCAUUUCCAAGAGAGGAGACACCAAGGAUGGAUUCAGUUUGAGGGCCCUCACCCAGGCUCCUAAACCUGCCCUUUACCUUGGUUUCAGUGGGCUCAUCCCCUUCCUGUCUGCUCCUCUCUUGAUGGCUGCGACACAGUCCUUCUACCCUGAAGUGGCAUAUGCUCAACUGGUGUACGGAGCCUCUAUAGUCUCCUUCCUUGGAGGUGCCCGCUGGGGGUUUGCCAUCCCUGACGGCAGUCCUGCUCGACCUGACUGGAUGAACCUGGGCAACAGUGUGGUGCCGUCACUCCUGGCCUGGCUGGCACUGCUUUGCAAGGACAAUUUUACAGAAGGAGCCAUGGUAGUUAUCAUGGGACUGGGUCUUUCUCUUCACUAUGAUCUGACUCUGCUGCCUGGCUACCCGGCCUGGUUCAAAGCCAUGAGAACUAUCCUCACUCUGGUCGCCACCUUCUCACUGGUGGCUACACUGACACUAAAGAAAUUCUGUGCUGAGAAGAAGAUCAAAGAGCUUCAGAACUGAUCCAAGAGGACAGUUUGUACUUUGAGCCACAUGGACUUAAUAAAAAAUGUACAGUGAACAGAGGAUGUGCAUUAAGUCUGGUUUGUUCUUACAGUA